AUGGCCCCUAAGAAGCCUAGAACACCCAAAAGAAGAAAGACACAACAUGGAGAAGCUGAAAAUGUUGGAGAAGCAGAGCUGGAAGAAUUUGAAGUGGAGAAAGUACUGAGCCGACGUGUAGUAGCUGGCAAGGUAGAAUAUCUCCUGAAAUGGAAAGGAUAUUCAGAUUCUGAUAAUAGCUGGGAACCGGAAGAACAUUUAAAUUGUCCAGACUUAAUCGAGGCUUUUUUCAAUUCUCAAGAGGAUAGCAGGGAAUCUGAAGGUAGCAUAUCAACUGAGAAUAGCAAUGCUAAUGAUAAUCUAACAGGAUUUGCUAGGGGUCUAGAGCCUGAAAGAAUAAUUGGAGCCAGAGUAACAAGUGAUGGAUUGCUGUUCCUCAUGAAGUGGAAAGAUUUAGAUGAACCUGAGUUGGUGCCAUCACGUGAGGUUAAUGAGAUAUGCCCUCAGCUAAUAGCCACAUUUUAUGAAGAGAGAAUAAGUCGUAUUGCUUCUUCAGCACGGGAAGCUCAGUAA